UUCGCAUUCGCAAUCAGUUGCAAAUUGAAACUCGAUUCGUUCAGAUGGCAGCAGCAACCGUCGCCAGCAACCGCAGCAUGGAACAAACGUACAUCAGUCGGGUCACCAUUCAACUGAAGCUGCCUCCACGCAUCUACGAAUGGCGCACUCAGGUCGCUGGCGUUGGCAAAGAGGCAAAUGAAGCGCCUGUCGAAUGCAUUAGACACAACGGAAGCACAUCAGCAGCACCACCAACACCAGCACGACCAGCAGCAAAAACCACAAGAACACCGUCCCCAAUGAAAGUGCCAAAAAAUACGUCUAUGUACACGCCCCCACUCAUCUAUGGCGAUGAGGCGAAACAAAAGAAUCUCCUCCAUACGCUGAGGAACUUCUAUGAUGUCGAACGCUUCCAUAGCGACUGCAAUCGCGUGACUAAGUGAGAUGAAGUCAACAGCGGAACUGUAGUAUAUACAUACAUAUAUAUAGAAAUUAUACAUACUGUAUACAUAAUAUAAACAUGCGGAUAUACUCUAAAUAUUAACCCAUUAUGUGCCUGCAAUAACGCCAAGUUUGGCUCUGUUAUAAGUUAAAUACAACUUGUGUGUAUAGCGUAAUUGUUAUAAAUAAUACAAAAUAAAUUCCCAAUCUGAUGAAUUUA